GAAAGCGUGAGGAGAACGAGCUUGACUUGGACUAACAACAUUCGCAUAUAUCCCCUUUUUUCUCUUCUUAACACCGUGAAAAACGUAUUUUAAGAUUUCGAAUUGGCCUCUAUAUAAAAGCCGAAUGCCGGCCACCGACUCUCCAGCCGUUCUGGUGGCUCGCUUCCUUAAUGCAAAUAAUUAUGAUGAAACACUAGACGCAUUUAUAAAAGAGGCGGGUCUGCCUCAGGAUGCUGGAACACAGCAGCCAGGCGACUUGACUAUUGAGAAGGUCCUCCAAGAAAAGAAAGUAUUCGAUCUUAGUGUAAACUUUGAAAAGGUUGGCCUAGACAGCAGCAAUGAUAAGUGGACUGUCAAAGCGCCCUCAAUCCCAAUUGCCCUGACUACAUUACCAACAUCCUCGAAUCUUCUCUAUGUAUCUCUCGAAGAUAUUCGGCUUUCCGGAAAUGCCCUUGCCCAAUAUAUCCUCGCAACAUCCGCAGACCGUCGACUAUCCAUGAUCAAGCCACAAUUGGGAGACUUCAGUCUCGUAAAUACGAGCAAUCAGAUCCACGACUCUCCCAUAUUAUUCUGUGUCGUUGUCCGAAACCGAUGGCUUAUCAGCACAAGCAUGUCUGGCCAGGUGGCGCUCUUCGACUGCCUUACUCAAACAGUACUAGAAACCCGAAGAGAUCACAGCAAAUAUGUCGUGAAAGCAACGACAUGGGAAGAUGAGCAUGGCGCCUGGGUGCUUACUGCCGGUUGGGAUUCGAAAGUGUUCCUAUACCGGAUGAAAUGGUCUGCACCUCACAGCAACAACGACCACGAUAAUAGCAUAAACGAUUCCAAUCCGCCAGUCUCACUAGGUGCGCCGGUGGCCUUCACGAGUCUACAGUCCAAUCCGGAGCAUGUGCAAUUCAUACAUCACCAUGAUUCGCCAGAUCCAAUAUUGCUUGUUUCCCGCAGAGACUCCACUUUCUUGUACUAUUAUGCCAUUCCGUCCGAGGGCAUGACCGCGGAACCAGCAGAGCUAGUUCUCCUCGGAAAGCAGAACCUUGCACCUCAUUCCAAUGCCUGGGUAGCGUUUACGCCGUCCAGUGUGGCCGUAUGCCCAACGGACAGUGCACUUGUUGCUGUGGGCACUUCUUCCGUGCCGCACAUGAAGCUCAUCAUUGCUCGGCUUCUGUUGCCUCAAUUCCCAGAGGCAUCAACUGCUGCCACGGACGCCGAUCAGCCUGCACAGUAUCAGUCACAUGCCGCUCAAGCCAUGGCAGAACUGGCAGUCCAAGAGCGUGAAGACGCUGCUAUCCUGACGCAUGUAAGCACACUGGCGCCACAGACGCCUUAUUCGACGCCACAAGUCUGUUGGCGGCCUGAUGGCUCCGGCGUGUGGGUAAAUGGUGAUGAUGGGGUGAUUAGAGGUGUAGAGGCAAAGACUGGAAAGAUUGUGUCGACCCUCAAGAGCGGGCAUGAGCCAGGCACGAAAGUAAGGAGCAUUUGGGCAGGAUGGGUUGACGUCAAUGGGCAGAAAGAAGAAUGGUUGAUGAGUGGUGGAUUCGAUCGCAAGCUGGUUGUAUGGAGGAGUUCUGAGGCCGUGGACAAUGGGAGUUCAUGACGUAAAAUCGUACUGAUUUCUGGGAAAUCUGGGUAGACUUAAUGGUGCAAACCGUUAUCAGGAAUAGGUAAGUCAUUUUGAAAGGGCAAGUAAAGAGCAUAUAGAAUUUAGUGAUAUAUUAACGAGGAUGAAUCCAAU